AUGUCUGCCGCUAGGUCCGUCUUCCGCUCCGGUGCCGGCAGAGCCGCCGUCGCCGCGCUGAGGUCGACAAAGCAAAUGCCGUCUUCUGUGCGGUCUUUGUUUGGGAUGCCUAAACAGAGGAGCCCUCUCUCUCACCAAAUUUUCAGAUCUACGGUACAACUGAGCUGCUGCGUCGAGACGAUGUUGCCUUACCACACGGCCACUGCUUCUGCUUUGCUCAAUUCCAUGAUUUCGGUUUCACGCCGCUCCGUUUGGACCUUCGGAGGUACGCUUCCUUCUCGUCCUCUCACCACUAUUUCAGUUUCAUUGUCAAUUCACGACUUAAGCACCAGCGUAUAG